AUGGGAUCCCAAAAUCUGGAGCCGAUCGCAAUCGUGGGAAGCGCUUGUCGGUUCCCUGGAGGCGUUAAUUCUCCUUCCGCUUUGUGGAAAUUGCUAGAAGACCCAAAAGAUGUGUGUACGGAUAUCCCCUCAGAUCGAUUCGACACAACCGGAUUCUAUCACCCAGAUGGAAAACACCACGGCGCCACCAAUGUUAGGAAAUCUUAUCUCCUACAAGAAGACCUGCGCCUGUUCGACACUGCCUUUUUCAACAUCAGUCCCAAUGAGGCAGAUUCGAUGGAUCCACAGCAAAGGAUCCUCUUGGAGACUGUCUACGAAGCCCUCGAGGCUGGCGGUCACACCAUGGAGAGCCUCCGAGGCUCCGACACGGCGGUGUUUACCGGCACUAUGGGCGUCGACUAUAACGAUACCGGUAUUCGCGACUUGAACACUGUCCCAACUUACUUUGCCACUGGAGUUAACCGUGCUAUUAUCUCCAACCGUGUGUCAUACUUCUUUGACUGGCAUGGCCCUAGUAUGACCAUCGAUACGGCUUGUUCGUCGAGUCUUAUCGCCGUGCACCAAGCUGUAAAAGCCCUUCGCACAGGCGAGUCGCGUGUCGCCCUUGCAUGUGGUACGCAAGUGAUCCUCAAUCCUGAAAUGUAUGUGAUUGAAAGCAAAUUGAAGAUGCUUUCUCCAACCGGACGUUCGCGCAUGUGGGACGCCGACGCCGACGGCUAUGCUCGUGGAGAGGGUAUGGCGGCCAUUGUUUUGAAGCGCCUUAGCGAUGCGAUUGCAGAUGGCGAUCACAUUGAAUGUCUCAUCCGACACACUGGGUCUAACCAAGACGGCUACUCUAAUGGCAUUACGGUACCCAGCACCGAAGCUCAGGCAGCACUGAUUCGGCAAACCUAUGCCCAGGCCGGGCUGGACCCGGAGCGUUGUGCUGAAGAUAGCCCGCAGUUCUUCGAGGCCCACGGCACGGGCACCAAGGCCGGAGAUCCAAAGGAGGCGGCUGCUAUCUAUCAGUCUUUUGGUCGCCAUAAAAGCGCUGGCGAUACGCCUCUGUAUGCCUCUGGGAGCAUUCAAAACGGCGUGAUUGCCCCCAACCUCUUGUUUAAUCGUCUCAAUCCGGACAUUGAGCCUUUCUACAAGGGACUUCAAGUCCCUACAGCAGUUAUCCCGUGGCCACAACUCCCAGCAGGUGUCCCGCGACGCGCCAGUGUCAACAGCUUUGGUUUCGGUGGAAGUAAUGCUCAUGCUAUCCUUGAGGAAUAUCGGGGCCCGUCAGGCCAAAGUGAAGGUACAUCCGGCAGCCAAGAUGGUGCCAUCUUUACACCCUUCGUUUUCUCGGCCUUUUCAGAGAGCUCGCUUGUCGCCCAGCUGCGUGCAACGGCAGAUUACCUCAGGGCACAACAGGAAAAGGUCAACGCCAAGGACCUUGCCUGGACGCUACAGUCUCGCAGGAGCCAGUUCCCCACCAAGCUGGCCUUGUCGGCGUUGAACAUUGAGGAAUUGGUGUCCAAAAUCGACGCAAAGCUUGCUCCGUUGGCCCAAAAUCCCAACAUAGCCGUUGGAACCAAGUCGAGCUCCAAGGCGGCAUCAGCGGGACCCAAGAUCCUGGGCGUUUUCACCGGUCAAGGCGCCCAAUGGGCAUCCAUGGGAGCCGAGUUGAUCAGGUCGUCUGCCUUCGUGGCCAAGAGGAUCGAUGAAUUGGAGCAGUCGUUGGCGGCCCUUCCGGCUUCAGACCGACCCCAAUGGAGUUUGAAGGCCGAAAUCAUGGCGAACAGUGAUACGUCACGCAUUGGUGAGGCCGCGCUGUCACAGCCCUUGUGUACUGCCAUCCAAGUCGUCCUUGUCGAUCUGCUACAGUCGGCUGGUAUUAGUUUCUCAGCCGUUGUAGGACACUCAUCUGGUGAAAUUGCUGCAGCCUAUGCCGCUGGAUUCUUCUCGGCCAACGACGCUGUACGCAUUGCCUACUAUCGUGGAUUGCAUGCACGACUCGCAGGGAACGCGUCUACUGGCCAAAGCGGUGCAAUGAUUGCAGUGGGCACGUCGUGGGAAGAUGCACAGGAUCUCAUCAGUCUCCGAGCUUUCAAGGGCCGUUUGGCUGUCGCCGCUCACAACUCAGCAGCCAGUGUUACACUUUCCGGUGAUGCUGAUGCAGUCGCACAUGCGAAGAGGGUGUUUGACGAUGAAAAGAAGUUUGCCAGGGUUCUCAAGGUCGACACUGCCUAUCACUCUCACCACAUGCUGCCAUGUGGCGACCCAUACAUUUCCUCUCUGCAGAGCUGUGGAAUCCAAAUCAACAAGACCCGAAAAGACAACUCGUGUGCCUGGUUCUCCAGUGUUACUCCCAGCAAUCAAGGAAUGGAGCCCAUUGAUGCUUUGAAGGACACUUACUGGAGAGACAACAUGACCAACGCAGUGCUUUUUGCUGAUGCCGUAAAGAACGCCGUCGCCAGCGACGAGCAACUUAGUCUCGUACUCGAGGUAGGCCCUCAUCCCGCCCUCAAGGGUCCGGCUACGCAAAAUAUUGCCGACGUACGGCCAUCUCCCAUCCCGUACAGCGGUGUCUUGAGCCGUGGGGCCAACGAUGUCAAUGCUUUCUCAGACGCCCUAGGAUUCGUAUGGACUCAUUUUGGCAGCCAGCACGUCGACUUCCAGAGUUAUACAAAGCUUGUCAGCGACGAAGAGCGUCAGCCAAAGCUCGUGGUCGGCUUGCCGUCUUACCAGUGGAAUCACGCAAGGCUGCAUUGGAACGAAUCACGCAGGUCAAAGAGGCUUCGUGGGCGCAAACAGGCUACGCAUGAGAUUUUGGGCACAAUCCUUCCCGAAUCCACCCCACAGGAUCUUCGCUGGUCCAACAUACUGAAAGUGUCCGAGAUGCCGUGGAUGGAGGGCCAUCAACUUCAGGGCCAGACGGUUUUCCCAGCCGCGGGUUACAUCGCCAUGGCAUUGGAGGCAUCCAAGUUCCUGGCAGCUGACAAAGAGGUGAAGGUGUUCGAAGUGAACGAUCUGGCUAUUCCUAGAGCCGUCACAUUUGAGGAAGGAGAUACAUCUGGUGUUGAAACCCUGGUGACGCUGACGGACAUUCGGCAACACCAGAAUCAGUAUCUUACGGCUAACUUCUCUUGCUACUCCCUUCCCGUUCUCAGCUCUGGGUCAGAGCAAGAAAUGGAGCUCAUUGCCACUGCCACUGUGAAAAUCAUUCUAGGCACCCCGAGCGUGGAGUCCUUAAUGGCUCCCCCGGCCGAAGACUACAAUCUAUUCCCAAUUGAUGCCGAUCGCUUCUACUCGACCCUGGAAGGUCUCGGAUAUGGCUACUCGGGCCCAUUCAAGACCUUUUCGUCUAUGCAGCGUCGGCUUGACUACGCUACCGGACAGGUGGCCACGUACGUCUAUUCGGAGGAGGACACCUCGCCAUAUCUCUUCCACCCGAGCACACUCGAUGUCGCUUUCCAUGCGGCUAUGCUUGCGUAUUCAAGCCCUGGCGACGAACGACUAUGGUCUCUACAUGUUCCCACUGGAAUUCGAAGUGUCCGCGUUAACCCGGCCCUCUGUUCUUCGCUGCCGGCAACGGGCACUCGACUUCCCAUCGAAGAUCUCAGCAUCAAGACGUUCGCCCCCGCCACCCAGGCUGAUGAUCGGGUUCUCUUUACCCACACAAAGCUCGACAUUGCCGCCCCAGAUGGCGCUGCAGUCGCUGAAGGAGUGCGUCCGACGGCACUGGAAAAGGAGCUCGCUCAUGCCUGCGAACGGAUGGCGUACUACUACGUUCGAAAAUGGGACUCGGAGCUAUCCGAUGACGAGUGGGCCAACGGACAGCCACACUACAAGUACUUGCACGACUGGGUGAAGCGUACCCUCGAUCUUGCCAAGAAGGGCCAGCACCCAACUCUCCAGAGAAAGUGGGCCAAUGACACCGCUGAAGAGAUCAAUGCUCUCAUGGAUCAGUAUCCGGACAAUCUGGAUGUGAAGAUGAUCCGCACCGUGGGAGAAAAGAUUCCGCCAGCAGUCCGUAAUGAGACGACCAUUUUGGAGCACCUUUUACAAGACAACAUGCUGGAUGACUUUUAUAAGCUGGGCUCUGGAUUCCAGAGAUACAACCAGUUCUUGGCGUCAAUGAUGAAGCAGAUCACCCAUCGUUACCCUCAUACCAAGAUUCUCGAGAUUGGUGCCGGUACCGGUGGAGCUACGAAAUACGUGCUUAAGGCCAUGGGCGACAAGAUGGCUUCAUAUACCUACACUGAUAUCUCGCUAGGAUUCUUCGGGAAGGCGGCUGAGAUCUUCAAGGAAUACAGCGACAAGAUGACAUUCAAGGUCCUUGAUGUGGAGAAAUCUCCAGCUGCUCAAGGAUACGAGCAGCACUCGUACGACAUUGUUAUUGCAUCUAACGUCCUCCACGCCACAGAGUCGCUUCACACAACACUAGUGAACACACGCAAGUUGCUCAAGCCUGGUGGUUACUUGUUGCUUCUGGAAAUCACCAACAACAACCCCAUCCGCACUGGGCUCAUUUGGGGCACAUUUGCCGGCUGGUGGCUUGGAGUUGAGGAUGGACGCAGAUGGGCACCGACCAUUAGCCCAGGCCAGUGGCAUUCGGCUCUGCGCAAGGCUGGUUUUGCGGGUGUCGACGCCGUGACUCCUGAAAUCGACACGGUAGCCUGGCCAUUCUCCAUCAUGGCCUCGCAGGCAGUCGAUGAUCGUGUCACAUUCCUCCGCCAACCGCUUUCAUCCCUUUCGCCGCCGAUACACAUUGAGAGCUUGGUCAUUCUUGGAAACCAAAGCCUGCAAACAGCUCGCCUGGCCGAAGAGUUGGCUGAUAAUCUCAGGCGCUUCUGCGGCGAGCUGACAAUCCUCGACAGCCUGCCCACCGACGAGGAAUCGCUUGAUCUAGCGCCACAAAGUACUUUUAUCAACUUGGUCGAUAUCGACUCGCCUAUCUUCAAAGAUAUUACUAGUGAAGGGAUGGGAGGUCUGCAGCGCAUGUUUGAGCUGGCUAAGCACGUCUUGUGGAUCACAUCGGGUGCUCUGAUUGAAGAGCCAUAUCACAUGUCGAGUAUCACCUUUAGCCGUGUCGUUCGUCGCGAGUCUGGGCAUAUCAAUCUUGCUCACCUCGAUGUCUCUGAUCUGCAGCAGUCUGAUGUGCCCAAAGCCAUUUCCAAGCACCUGCUGCAGCUGGUUUCGCUUGACGAGUGGGAGACACCCGCCAUUGGAGCUGAUGGACAAGAAGACCAGCAGCGCAUCCUUUGGUCCAAGGAGUCCGAGGCCUUUUUGGAAAAUGGAACUCUGCUGCUUCCAAGACUUGUCAACAACGUCGAGCAAAACGCCCGCCUCAAUUCGGCCAGACGUACCAUCUACAAGGAGGUACCAAUCCGCAGCCCGACUGUCACUCUGACCCCGCCGUCCGCUACUUCUCCGCCGUCGUUGGCAGAGCCCACGUCUCUUGUCCCGCGCAGGUCAGACAACCUUCUCUGGGUAGACUCCUCCAGUCUCAUGGCGCUCAAUGUGCACUCGGAUUCCUAUCUCUUCCUCGCCGUUUCCAAAGAGGAUGCCACUGGCCGUCCAUUGCUUCUGCUUUCCACAACCAACUCGGUGGCCAUGGCCCCAGUUGCAACGUUGGAAGCACCUCUGGAUGCCAAAACCUACGCGAAGAACCCAUCAGAGUCAAGCACUCGCUUGCUUGUCACCGCUGCCAGCGAAAUCCUUGCCUCAUCACUGAUCGACCGUCUGUCGCCGGGAAGCAGCGUACUUGUUCACUGCUCUAACAAGGACAGAUUCCUCGCCGCGGCUUUGUCUCGCCGUGCAUCUCCCGCAGCCGUCACAUUCACUUUCACGUUUGAUGCAGACGAUAAAUCGGGCACAGAGAACUCGGCGUGGGUACCGCUUAGCGGACGUGCAUCAAACUAUGGCAUACGAAAGGCGAUGCCGAGUGCCAAACCUACCCACUUCUUGGACUUGACUGCUGGCACCGGGCUCGGCCUGCGGAUCUCCCAGCUAUUGCCGUCGACUUGCCAUCGUAUCGAAAUCUCUUCUCUGGUCCGGAAUGAGUCUACGGUUGCUUCGAGCUGUGAUCCCGAUACAUUGGCUAAUCGCCUCCGAGAAACCUGUUUGGGAGAUGAGCUGACAUCCGCCUUGGCUGACACCAGCGCAACCUACCACGCCACAAGCGCCGUAUUCUGGCCUUCAACGGGCCUUGUCAAGGUGGGCGUGAGCUCGAUCGACAGCACCGGCCUCUUUUCAAGGGACAAGACAUAUCUCCUCGUAGGUCUCACCGGUAAGAUAGGGCAGUCCAUCGCCAAGUGGCUGGUUGCCAAUGGAGCCGGAUGUGUCUGCCUGAUGAGUCGUAACCCCAACAUUGAGCCAGCUUGGAUCGAGAGCUUCCAAGGGACCGGUGGCGAUGUCAAGAUCUAUUCGAUGGACUCCACUGAUAUAACAAGUGUCGAGACCGUCAUGAACGAGAUCCGGGCAACGUGCCCUCCCAUCGGCGGCGUGGCUCAUGGUUCUAUGGUUCUCCACGACUCCCUGUUUUCCAAGAUGACAGUUGAGGACAUGCAAACAGUCCUCGCUCCCAAGAUUGAUGGUGCUAUAUACUUGGACCAGCUUUUCUACGACGAUGAUCUGGAUUUCUUUGUCUUGUUCUCGUCAGCCGCGUGCGUUGUCGGUAACCUCGGCCAGGCCAACUAUGCGGCCGCCAAUGGCUACCUCAACUCUCUUUCUAGGCAGAGACGCCGUCGUGGUGUGGCAGGUAGCACCUUUGACAUUGGACAGGUGGCUGGUGUCGGAUAUAUUGAGUCGGCAGGCCAAAUUGUCAUGGAUCAGCUGUCCGCGCUCGGUCUGCAACGACUGUCCGAAGCUGAUCUGCAACAGGUAUUCGCCGAGACCAUCCGAGCUGGCCGACCGGAUCCCAAGGACGCUGAGGAGACACCCUUCGCGGUGGUGACAUCUGGUAUUCGCAACUUUUCCGAAGACGAAAACAUCAAGGGGCCAUGGUUUACCAACCCUUUCUUCUCCCACUGUGUCAUCGAUGCCAAGGUGGCCGAGCUGGAGUCUGACAGUUCCGACAAAAAGUCCAACAUCCCCGCAGCCCGGCAGCUGGUCAAGGCAACCAGCCGAGAGCAGGCAUUGGACAUCCUCAAAGAAUGUUUCGCCACCAAGCUACGCGUGAUCUUGCAGCUGGGUAGCCAGGAUAUAGAUUACGAUGCGCCGCUUGUUGAGCUUGGCAUCGACUCCCUCGUCGCGGUUGAGGUCCGCUCGUGGUUCUUGAAAGAAGUCCGAGUGGACAUUCCCGUGCUCAAGGUGGUCGGAGGUGCGUCCUUAGCCGAACUUUGCGACAGGGCCGUGGACAAACUGCCUGAAGAACUCCUUGUCAGCGUCGGCAAACAAGGGGAGUCACAACCACCGGCUUCCAGUGCCCAGCCCCAACCCGUAGCCCCGAAGCCUAAGCCUCUCCCGGUGCCAUCCUUUGUUGUCGAUUCAAACGGUCCCCCCUCUGAAGUCAGCGUCAGCCCUGCCGGGACACCACUGCUCAGCGCUGGCCCGGCGAGCUACUCGGCCACCGAGGCGUCGACCCGGUCCGGCUCUCCCUCGGAAGCCACGCGGCUGUCUCAGAAGGUCAGUUCCAAGCUCCAAUCCUACUUCCCACCACCUCCCGAGCCGGCAGUGGAGCGCAAGCGCCCUGCGAAACGGUUCAUCAAGAGCGUGCCCAUAUCUCUUGGGCAGUCGCGCUUCUGGUUCCUCCAGCAGUUGUUGGACGACCAGAGGACUCACAACGUGGCAUACUACUACCACAUCAAGGGCAACCUGGACGUGGGUGAUAUGGAGAGAGCCGUCCGCCUUGUCGCUUCCAGACACGAGGCUCUGCGCACCUGCUUUGUACAAGACGAGACCGAUGCUUCCCAGGCUUACCAGAAGGUUCUCCCUAGUUCCCCAGUACGCCUGAUCUGCAAGAAAAUAGACUCUGAAGAUGAUGUCGCUUCAGAGUACCAAAGCCUGCGGGCCCACGACCUUGACAUGGCGAGCGGCGAACUGCUGAAGCUGGUCCUUCUCACGCUCUCGCCGUCAUCACAUUUCCUUCUUAUGUACCACCACCACAUCAUCAUGGACGGCAUUAGUUUACAGGUUUUCCUUUCAGAUUUAGAAAAGGCGUACAAGGGUGAGUCUCUCGGGCCGGCCCCGAAGCAGUACCCAGAUUUCUCAAAGGCACAGCGCCAGGCCUUUGAGAAUGGCGAAAUGAAAAAGGAGUUGGCGUUUUGGCGGCGUAUUUUCCCGGAUGGCGAGCAGCCACCCGUUCUCCCUCUACUUCCCAUGGCCCGAACAAAAGCCCGAGUCCCCAUGGCCAAGUUCGACACUCACCAGGUUCAAGCUCGAGUCGAUGCCGCCUUAGCUGCGAAGGUCCGAACAGUCGCUAAGCAGCAGCGGUCCACUCCAUUCCAUCUAUACUUGGCUGCCUUCAAAGCCCUACUCUUUUGUUUUACCGACGCAGAUGAAUUGACCAUUGGAGUUGCUGAUGGAGCUCGCCAUGACAGCAGUUUGAUGGGAAGUAUAGGGUUCUUCCUCAACUUGCUGACACUACGAUUCCGCCGUCAAGACAACCAGCCAUUCACCGAGGCCAUCGCGGAGGCUCGCAAGAUUAGCCAUGCCGCGCUAGAGAACUCGCGGGUGCCCUUUGACGUCCUGUUGUCAGAGCUGAACGUUGCACGCUCUUCGACACACAGCCCAUUUUUCCAGGCCUUUAUCGAUUACCGCCAAGGCCACCAGGAGGAACAGAAUUGGGGCAACUGCCAAAUGCGCAUGUCAGAAGAAGUACACACAGGGAAGACGGCAUAUGAUAUAACCGUCGACGUUACCGAAACAGAUGCUGCGGCUUUCAUCUUUUUCCGCGGGCAAAAGAGUAUCUAUGACCAAGAAGCAACCCAGCUGCUUUGCGAUACCUAUGUCCACUUCCUUGAGGUUCUCACUAGCGAGCCGUCCCUGGCGAUGAGUGCGAUUCCCCGGUUUAGUGAGAAGCAGCUGGCAGAAGCUGUCCAAGUUGGUCGCGGUCCGAAGCUCGUUUCCGACUGGCCAGAGACGCUGCCCCUUCGAAUCGACCAGGUCGCUCGGGAGAAUCCAGACAAGGUUGCGCUCAUGGACGGCACAGGUAAGGCAUUGACUUAUGCGUCAAUGAUCAACCGCAUUCACUCCAUCGCCGAGGCCUUGCAAGAAGCGGGAGUCGGGCCUGGACUACGGGUACUUGUAUUCCAGCAGGCAACUUCCGACUGGCCGUGUUCGAUGCUUGCCAUCAUGCGGCUGGGUGCGAUUUACGUUCCGCUUGAUCUUCGCAACCCCCUGCCGCGUCUGGCAGCCGUCGCCCAGGAUUGUGAGCCUACAGCGAUCUUAGCAGAUGCCUCCACGUUAGAUGAUGCGUCUCAGCUCGGUGUACCCUCGGCACGCCUCAUUGAUGUAUCCCUCGUCAAGACCAAUCCUUCAAAGGAGGUUAGCAACGACUCACGAGCGCACUCGACUGCCGCAAUUUUGUAUACGAGUGGUUCCACAGGAACGCCCAAAGGCAUCAUGGUUACCCACGAAGGCCUGAGGAAUGAGAUUGAAGGCUAUACAAAGACCUGGAAGCUAGGACCCGAACGUGUGCUCCAGCAGAGUGCCUUUACCUUUAACCACUCUUCGGACCAGAUUUACACAGGCCUCGUUAACGGCGGCAUGGUGUAUGUCGUUCCUUGGGACAAACGUGGCAACGCACUGGAGAUUACCAAAAUCAUCCAAGAGCAGGGCAUCACGUACACCAAGGCUACCCCGUCCGAGUAUUCGCUAUGGAUGCUAUAUGGCCGUGAAAGCCUCAAACUCGCCACUUCUUGGCGCUGUGCUUUCGGAGGCGGCGAAUCGCUCACGACGACCGUCACGCAGCAAUUCGCAGACCUCGACCUUCCACAGCUCCACUUCUUCAACUCAUACGGCCCCACGGAGAUUUCUAUAUCUUCCACCAAAAUGGAGAUUCCGUACCGAGACAGGGAAGCGUUAGAGCGUGUUGGUCGUAUUCCCUGCGGCUACUCGUUGCCCGGGUAUUACAUGUACGCCGUCGACGAGGAACUGAGGCCGCUGCCCGCUGGUAUGCCGGGACAGCUCUGCAUCGGUGGCACAGGCGUGUCGCUUGGCUACUUGAAAAACCAAGAGCUCACCGACAAACACUUCUUACCUAACCCAUUUGCCACAGAGGAGGAUAUCGCAAACGGCUGGACACGCAUGUACCUCACAGGAGACAUUGGCCACAUGAACCAAGAUGGCACGAUGGUCUUCCACAGUCGUAUGGCGGGUGACACGCAGGUCAAGAUCCGCGGACUGCGCAUCGAGCUCAGCGAUAUCGAGAGCAAUAUUGUUGCAGCUUCCCAGGGGGCUCUGCGAGAAGCCGUGGUCACGCUACGCGAGGGCGACCCGGAGUUCCUGGUGGCUCAUGUGGUUUUUGUACCAGAGUGCACUAUUGCGGACAGGGAAACUUUCCUCCAACAGCUGCUGCACAACCUCCCAGUCCCGCAGUACAUGAUACCCGUCGUGGCUAUCCCAAUCGACGAGUUACCCCUGACUAAUCACUCCAAGGUAGACCGCAAGGCUGUCAAAAGCUUACCUCUGCCCCAGAGAGUUGGCCGGCCCGAUGCUAGUGACGAUGCAGAACUGACAGAGGCCAUGAUUCAGCUCAAGGGCCUGUGUUUCUUCCUAGUCGGUGGCAACUCGCUCUUAAUCAUUCGCCUGCAAUCUGAGAUCCGGAAAAGGUUCCGUGCCGCUGUGCCCCUGGUUGAUCUUCUCGGUGCCAAUACUCUGGGCGAAAUGGCACAAAAGGUCGAGGAAACCAUCUCCGUUAAAACCAUUGACUGGGAGUACGACACCAGGCCGCCUACCGUCUCCGCCUCUGCCAUUGCCUCUGCCAUUGCCUCCGUGCCCAUCGACCGAGCCAGAAAAGGAUCAACAAUCGUGAUUACGGGCGCCACCGGCUUCCUCUCCAAGCACCUGCUCCCCAUGCUUGACGCGAGGCCGGAUGUCGAUGUGAUCCAUUGUUUGGCCGUGCGAGACAUCGAAAGGGCGUAUUCAUCACCCAAGGUCAUCCACCACCCAGGAGACUUGUCAUCACCAUUGCUGGGUCUCUCCAAAGAGGAAUUCAACGAGCUUUCGGGCACGGCUGAUGCCAUACUGCACAUGGGUGCCGCUCGCUCUUUCUGGGACAGCUACCACGUGCUACGCCCUAUCAACGUCGCUCCGACAAGCGACUUGGUCAAGCUGGCCGCCCCUCGCCGUUUGCCGAUCCAUUAUAUCUCCACGGAAAGCCUAUUUGGUGGGACUACCGCGGCACUUGAUGGAAGUGCAGUGUCGGCUGCGGCGCAUCCGCCUCCCACAGACGGAAGCAGUGGUUAUGCAGCAACUAGGUGGGCCAGUGAGCGCAUCCUGGAGCGUUCUGCGGCAGAUCUGGGCGUCCCAUCGUCCAUCUACCGCCUCUGCCCCGCAACAAUGCGACAGGAUGCCCCCCAAGCCCUUCUGGAUGAGUUCACCCACUAUGGUAGCAUUAUACGCGCAACACCCGACUUGAGCGGGUGGUCUGGUCGUCUAGACAUGCUCCCCGCAGUGCUGACAGCGCAAUGGCUCUGCGAGGCCUUGCUCAAUAAUGAGGAGCGGUCCGGCAAAGUUCAGUUCCGCAAUUAUGAGAGCCUUCUCACCGUGACGGGCGCAGAGCUGGUUGCAUGCUUUAAUCAGGAGCAAAGCGACAGCGGCAAUCUCGAGAAAAUACCGCUGCUCAAGUGGAUUGGUAAAAUUAAAAAGGCCGGGUUCCCUUAUUUCCUUGCAUCACAUGAGAUAGCCAUUGAGAAAGAAGGGAGUGUAAACGGCACGAAGUUGGAAAUGCGAAGAUGA